GCUGUGAGGUGCGGGGACCUAGAGGGUGUACUACCACAGCGAAGGCGAGGAGAAAAGGAGAGUGAAUACGGUCAGCCAAAUAGGAGCAUCAUGGCACCAAUUGGAUUGAAGGCGGUGGUUGGCGAAAAGAUAAUGAAUGAUGUCAUCAAGAAGGUAAAGAAGAAGGGCGAGUGGAAGGCCCUGAUUGUGGAUCAGCUCAGCAUGAGGAUGCUGUCAUCCUGCUGCAAGAUGACUGACAUCAUGUCCGAGGGCAUCACUAUUGUUGAAGACAUAAAUAAAAGACGAGAGCCUCUUCCCUCACUUGAAGCUAUUUAUCUGAUAACUCCUACUGAGAAGUCUGUUGCAACUCUGGUUGGUGACUUCAGAGAUGCUCAUUCAUCCAAGUACAAAGCAGCCCACGUCUUCUUUACGGACUCCUGUCCUGACCCCAUCUUUAACGACCUAACCAAGAGCAGGGCCUCCAAGGCCAUCAAGACGCUGACUGAGAUCAACAUUGCGUUCCUGCCUUAUGAAUCACAGGUGUACUCCCUAGACAAUUCUGACGCCUUCCAGAGUUUCUACAGCCCUCAUAAGACUCAACUGAAGAACCCAGUGAUGGAGCGCUUGGCGGAGCAGAUCGCCACUCUGUGUGCCACACUGAAGGAGUACCCUGCUGUGCGAUACCGAGGAGACUUCAAAGACAACUCCACUCUGGCCCAGCUGGUGCAAGACAAACUGGAUGCUUACAAGGCUGACGACCCCACCAUGGGAGAGGGUCCAGACAAGGCUCGCUCUCAGCUAAUCAUCCUGGACAGGGCUUUUGAUCCAGUCUCCCCUGUCCUGCACGAGCUCACUUUCCAGGCCAUGGGUUAUGACCUGCUUCCCAUCGAGAAUGAUGUUUACAAGUAUGAGACCAGUGGAAUGGGAGACUCCCGUGAGAAGGAAGUGCUCUUGCACGAAGAUGAUGACCUCUGGGUGGGGUUGCGGCACAAACACAUUGCUGAGGUGUCCCAGGAAGUAACACGUUCUUUGAAGGAUUUCUCUUCCAGCAAACGCAUGAACACUGGUGAGAAGACUACCAUGAGGGAUCUGUCUCAGAUGUUGAAGAAAAUGCCCCAGUAUCAGAAGGAGCUGAGCAAGUACUCCACUCACCUGCAGCUGGCAGAGGACUGCAUGAAACACUACCAAGGAACUGUCGAUAAGCUGUGCCGUGUAGAGCAGGACCUCGCUAUGGGAACGGAUGCUGAGGGUGAGAAGAUCAAAGACCCUAUGCGUGCCAUUGUACCUAUUCUUUUGGACGCCAACGUGACCACCUAUGACAAGAUCCGCAUUAUCCUGCUCUACAUCUUCCUCAAAAAUGGAAUCACAGAGGAGAACCUUAACAAGCUGAUCCAGCAUGCGCAGAUCCCACCUGAGGACAGCGAGAUUAUCAGCAACAUGGCCCAUCUGGGGGUCCCCAUCAUCACUGACUCUACUUUGCGCAGAGGGAAGAAGCUGGACCGCAAAGAGCGUGUGAGUGAGCAGACCUACCAGCUCUCUCGCUGGACUCCUGUGGUCAAGGAUAUCAUGGAGGAUGCCGUUGAUGACAAGCUGGACCAAAAACACUACCCAUAUAUCUCUACGCGUCCUACAGGCCAAUUCAGCAGCACUGCAGUCAGUAGUGCCCGCUAUGGCCACUGGCACAAGAAUAAGACCCCUGGAGAGUACCGCACUGGACCCCGCCUCAUCGUGUUCGUCAUCGGAGGAGUGUCUUUCAGCGAGAUGCGUUGUGCCUACGAAGUGACCCAGUCCAAUGGGAAAUGGGAGGUGCUCAUUGGUUCCACCCACUUGCUCACCCCAACCAAAUUCUUAACGGACCUGCAGCACCCGGACUUCCGAGAGUCCACUAGGGUGUCCUUUGAGGAGCGUGGCGAGGCGUCAGACGAGUGAGGCAGAAAAAAAGAAGGGAGGAAGGGAGGGCGAGACAAAGUCACAC